AACACACACUCGUAUACAGUGGAUGCUUUUAUUUGGUGUGCACCACAAAGGGUUAAGUGAAGUUUUUCCAGAACGCUAAGUCCUCCUCCCCUUCACCACUCCCCCCGGAAUGGUCUGUCCCAGGACCACAUGAGGCGCGUGUGUGUAGAGUGUGGAGACAUAUAUAUUGGGCCAUGUGCAGUUGGACUUGGAGUUUUGGUCAGUUAGUGUAGCAGUUCUAGGCUAGGACACUCAGCCUGCUCCUCCUCUUCCUCCUCUUCCUCUCUGCAAAAUCACAGGACUAUAAGAUCCCUGAGAAUUUACUCCAGAGACGAGACCCAAAAACAGCCCAAAGAUGACUGAUCAUUUGGACGAUGGUUCCUUCAUGUUCACAUCUGAGUCUGUGGGAGAAGGGCAUCCAGACAAAAUCUGUGACCAGAUCAGCGAUGCAGUCCUGGACGCUCAUCUGAAGCAGGACCCUGACGCUAAAGUGGCCUGUGAGACGGUGUGUAAGACGGGCAUGGUGCUGCUCUGUGGAGAGAUCACGUCGAGGGCGGUGGUCGACUAUCAGAAGGUUGUGAGAGACACCAUCAAACACAUCGGCUACGACAACUCAGACAAAGGUUUUGACUACAAGACGUGUAAUGUGCUGGUGGCUCUGGAGCAGCAGAGUCCAGACAUCGCUCAGGGGGUCCACGUCGACAGAGAGGAGGAGGACAUCGGGGCAGGAGACCAGGGCCUCAUGUUUGGAUACGCCACAGAUGAGACAGAGGAGUGCAUGCCCCUCACCAUUGUCCUCGCUCACAAACUCAACGAGAAAAUGGCCGACCUCCGAAGGGACGGGGUCAUCACGUGGCUCCGGCCAGACUCCAAAACACAGGUGACAGUGCAUUACGAGCAGAAAGACGGAGCUGUCAUCCCCAAAAGAGUCCACACCAUCGUGAUCUCUGUGCAGCACGAUGACAACAUCUCACUGGAGGAACAGCAGCAGGUGCUCAAGGAGAAGGUCAUCAAAGCUGUUGUUCCGGCUAAAUAUCUGGAUGAGAAGACAGUCUACCACCUGCAGCCCAGUGGUCGCUUUGUGAUCGGAGGACCUCAGGGUGAUGCGGGAGUGACGGGCAGAAAGAUCAUCGUGGACACAUAUGGAGGCUGGGGUGCUCACGGAGGAGGAGCCUUCUCUGGAAAAGACUUCUCUAAAGUGGACCGCUCCGCCGCCUAUGCUGCGCGCUGGGUCGCCAAGUCUCUGGUCAAAGCCGGACUGUGCCGGAGAGUCCUGGUGCAGGUGUCAUACGCCAUUGGAGUGGCUCACCCUCUCUCCAUCUCCAUCUUCACAUACGGCUCAUCAAAGAAGACUGAGGCUGAGCUGCUGCACAUUGUCAACAACAAUUUUGACCUGAGGCCGGGGGUCAUCGUCAGGGAGCUGAACCUGAAGAGGCCCAUCUACCAGAAGACAGCCUCCUACGGGCACUUUGGUCGGCCUGAGUUCAGCUGGGAAGUGCCCAAAAAACUGGUUUACUAAUCCCACCCCUGCUCUACCCACGAGGGACAAGCUGUUGUGUGCCAGGGCGCAGACACGAGCUCCUCAUGUGAAAUAAAGAAAUGUUCAUGCAAAUGUGGCAGUAGACAAUGGACAUAGAGACAGGACAGAAAAACUGAUGAUGCAGAUAAUACAACCAGCCACUAAUUUGGGAGCAGAGUCAGUGUGUCACAUUAUUGAAAUGCUGCUAAAUCACCAAAGCUACUAAAGUCUUAGAGGUUUCACCACAGUCUUAAUGUUUGUGUGACUGGACAGAAGAGCCUGCGCUUGGAGAGGGCAGAGGGCAGAGGCUCCUCUUACACUGUAAUUUGCUCAUGCAUUUUCUCAGAAUUUCUUUAAGAGACAAACACAAACGUGUCUUUGAUCACUUUGACUGUUUCCUGGGACCUUUCUUUGUAUUCAUGUGUGAAUGAACUUUUGAUUGCAAUUUAAUUAUUGUUGAUUGUAGGUGCUCUGCAUUUUAAGGACAAUUUUUAGUUUUGCAGGGCUUAUGUCAUAUUUAUCAAAGUAUUUUUUCACCAACACUAUGGUGAUGUUUCCUGAUAUUUCUGCUUUUGUGCCAAGACUCAUGUUUGUAUCAAAUACACAAGUUUUCACAUUUCCAUGGGUCCAAAGAAGAGAUCCAGUCUUUAGUGUAUCUGUUCUGUGUCUGCGGAGCUCUGAGGGCAGGUUAGACCCCGAGCUUCUACAGUGUUAUGAAAGAGCAGUCACUGUGACAUCUGUGACUAGCUCCAGAGUUACUGUGAAAGUGACCUGUGUAAAUAAUUGUCAACAAUAAAGAAAAGUGAAACUGAA